AUGUGGCAGGAAUUGGCUGCAUCAACUUGGGUUCGCGAUGAAGUUAGGCACAUGCUAUCGCCAGAUUGGGCUGUCGUGUGGAAUCCGACAUUGCAUCGGCAUUUCCCACCGGCCGAGCGCGAGAAAUGCCGCCUCAUUGUGCACGCGAACGUGUUGGCGUUGCGGUUUCUGGAGAGUCCAGCCAUGACAUCAUCGGCUUCAUCGGGGUGGAAGUUUGAAGCGAUGCAGCAGUUUUGGUGGAUAGCUGCUGCCUUGACAGGACCAUUUAAGGCAGCAGAACAGCCCGUGCGGUGGCGAUAUCUGGCGGAACCCUUGGUCUACCACAUCAUAGAGUUCGCUGUCUUCCUCUGGUGA